UUAGGUUAUUUUCUACCUUCUCCAAUUUAUUAUCAUUUUUGUGCUUCAUUUGUUUCGUGGCUGAUCAAGGUUCGUUAGUUCGGCUUCAGACAAACCCAAAAGAUUAUAAACCACCUUUACAUUAAUCAUAACUUCAACGAAUUUAUAUUGAGUGUUUGUACACCUGUGGCCCGGUCAAGAAACCGUUUUGUACUUCUACCAAUCAUCGAAGCCAAAAGUAAUCCAACAACAACUGUAACUAUCUACAAUGACCUUUGUAUCGUUGCGCUUUGGAAAAGCAUUUCAUCUGCCGGUUAGGACGUUCGCUACAAGCUCGGCCCUUGCUCGCGAUGGUUCGGAAUCGUGGCUUAGCAAAUUGCUGGUCCGCAAGAUUGAGCCGACCAAGGAAUCCCACAGUCGGAUGCUCAGUGACAAAGAGAUUAUCUACGAACUUCACACGCACAAUAUACGGCCGGAUUCGGUUGGACAGUAUCUGGAUAAUUACAAAAAGUCUUUAGAAAUCGUAUCAUCUAAGAAAAAUCUUACAAUUGAACUAAUCGGUUCAUGGAGUGUUGACGUGGGUGAUUUGGAUCAGUGUCUGCACCUUUGGCGCUAUACCGGUGGUUUUGAAAUGGUCGAUCAGAGUAAGAAGACCCUGCAUAAUGAUCCAGACUAUGUCAAAUUAACUCAAGAACGAGGUACGUUUCUACGCUCUCGUCAUCUGCAAUAUCUUCUGGCGUUUAGCUAUUGGCCUCAGUUGGCUUUGCGGAAGGAUAAGAACAUCUACGAAAUUCGCUCCUACCGAUUGAAACCAGGCACUAUGAUCGAGUGGGGCAACAAUUGGGCCCGAGCGAUCAACUACCGCCAGAACAAUGAUGAAGCGUUUGCUGGUUUCUUUUCCCAGAUUGGUCGUCUGUACAAUGUGCAUCACAUUUGGUGUUACAAGGACCUUCUAACUCGUAAGGAAACUCGAGAGUCAGCUUGGAGGUCACCCGGAUGGGAUGAAUGCGUUGCAUAUACUGUGCCGUUAAUUCGAGAGAUGCACUGCCGAAUUUUGAUCCCGACUGAGUUUUCCCCCACAAAAUGAAGGUGAAUAAGUCGCUAAAUGUAUCAAUGUUGAAUCAGAAUGUUGACUGGCGGUACUUCCUUCAGAUGUGUAGCAUUUAUGUUGCUUUAACCAAGAGAACGGGUUUACGUGAAACGAUAUUGCAUUUGAAGCACCAUAUGAAGCGACCAUGUUCAAGAGUUCUAGAAAAGUGUAUGAUUAAGUUUGCUUCAUAACCCCCUUUAUCAGUUAUUUUUAGCUUGAUUUUGAAAUGUUCUGAAAUAUAUAAAAUUUGUGUAGAAUA